AUGUCGAUUCCUACUGUAACAAAGCGCUUUCAACCCGAAAUUGAGAGUGUGAAAGAGAUUCCGGACCUCAAAAUCAUUCGCCCUAAGGCAUUUCCCGAUGAUCGAGGCUUCUUCUGCGAGACUUACAACGUGGAGGAGUGGGCGAAGGUCCUCGAUUUUCAUGAGGUUUUCAAACAGGUAAGGAGGGGUUUUUGGAAUUUUUGCAGGUGAAAUUUUAUUACCGAUUUGAAAAAUGGAAAGAAAAUUUUUCGAAAAAAAUUUUUUUUUGUUUUUUUUUGCUGAGAAACGUCGUAUAAAAAACAGGUAAGGAGGGUUUUUUGGAAUUUUGAGACAAAUUUUUCGAUACUACUAGUUGUUCCAUAAAAUGCAAAGAUCCGUAUUUUAAAAAUUAAGUUUUAUAAAAAUCGAGUAAAGUACGAUUUCCGGUCCAGAAAAAGCAUUUUUUUUUUAUUUUUUCAAUUUUUUAUAUUUUCAUAUUUUCGUGUUGGGACCAAAAUUUUUAGAAAAAAGUGCACAGUUAUUGACGAAACUUGGCGGAGAUUUUUAAUUGCAAUUUUUUUCGAAAUAAGCCAGGUUUUUACCUUGGUAUUUACAGAAACCACCACCAUUUUUAGACCGCAAAAAGUUCCAAAAAUCGAUUUUCUUUAUGAAUUUUAAGGUCAACAGUGAGCAUUAUGUUCCAAAAUAGGCCCAAAAUUUUACAAUAAUAACAUUUUUUUAGAAAAAAUAGCAUAAAAAGGUCUUUCCUGAGCCCUCCAAAUUUCCUAUGCUCUCUCAUUGAGAAUUUUUUCACGCCUGUUUCUGUCAAAGGUAAUUUCUCCAUAAAAAAAAUAUUUUUUCCAUGCGAAACUGGCAAGGAUACGGCCAAAAACUGUUUUUCUCUCUAACCGCUCUACACGUUUUGCCUACUCUCUUGGCCGCAAAGACAAUUGAAUAUCUCGUCUGUUUCCUGCUAAGCGCAAGCUAAAACUUUCAAGUUUUCGUAGGUAAAACCUUUCCCCAGCAUUGUAAAAUACGCCCAUAAUAGUGAACGUUACAAUACGUAAUGUAAUAUUCCACAAUCACAGCAAAAUUGAAUACCUUUUCCAGGACAACCACUCCUUUUCCAAGUUCGGAGUGAUCCGCGGCCUCCAUUCCCAGCCGGGAAUGGGCAAACUUGUCUCCGUUGUGAGUGGGAAAAUCUUCGACGUUGCCGUUGACGCUCGCCUUGACUCGCCCACGUUUGGCCAAUGGCACGCCGAGAUCCUGGAUGCUGAGUCCAAGACAAACUUCUGGAUUCCGCCGGGAUUUCUGCAUGGAUUACAGGUGAGAAAUUAAAAUUGAGGGGUCUAAUAGUUUUGACUGGGGUGACAAUUUUGGUAAAAGUAUUUUUUGAGGUUGACCGGUCGGUUUGGGCAAAUUCGGGCAAGAUGCAGUUGACCGGAGAAUUUUCAAAAAAUUCCAAAAAUCAUUUUUUAAUAAUGAAUAUCAUCCGAAUGUCUAAAUUACUAUUUAUUUUCCAUCUACAUAUAUGGCCUCAGUCAAACUGGAAGAUCAACGGACCUUUACGUACGGUCCGAAUUCUGAUAAAAGAGAGAGGCGUGCCCUUACUCCUUCCCUCUUUUUUUAGCUUUAAGGUCUAGGACUCUUAUGACUUAUACAUAGCUACUAAAAUCAUUUUAAUUAAAACGCACUUCGCGAGCUGUGGAAGGGGGGUCUGCCCUAGAAAUUGACCCCCACUUUUUUUUGUCUUAACUGAUGACAUGUAGGAUGCUAAAGAACUUGGUGAAUUUUUUCGAAAAAUUCGUCAUCAUGACCGAGAUAUGACGUAUUUAUUGAAUUUCGCAUAAUGUGAUAUAUUGUACUGAUUUAUUGCCGAAAUAUCUCAGAACUGAGUAUAUAUACGUUAUUGGCCAUGCUGAACAACUUUGUAAUUGACCCGAAGUUUGUCAGGUUACUGUAACAUACCGUAACGCCAAUGCUCAAUCAAAAAAUCUCGAUUUUCUCGAUUUUUUUCAAUAAUUUUCUCGGAAUUUUUUUUCAUUUUUGGAAUCAGCAUCAAAUUCUGCAUCGGAUAGGCUAUAUGCGCAUCUCCAGAUAGGUGUACAAAAAUGUCGUGGCGCAACCGGUAGUGGGUCGGACUACCAUUCAAAAGGUCCCGGGUUCGAGUCCGGGUGGAAGAAAAAAUGCUCAAACGCGCUGGAAAUUGUCCCAAAACAGUUGUAAUGUAUUGGAACUGUGUUAAAAAUAAAUAAUAAUUAACAUUUUUCCCUAAAAAGGCUAAGUUUUGGAUUUUACGAAAUUUUUGAAAAUCAUGAUUUUUGUGGGCCCAAAUCUGCCGAAGAAAUGAAAAUUUUUUGUUAGCGAUUUUUUUGUUUAGAAACAACGCAGGGCACACAGAAAGACUAUUCCUCAGAGGAUUUCGCUCUAUUUUGCCCAAAACACCAAAAAGUUUUCGCAUUUUGCCAUUUGACAAAAAAUUGAGAUAAUGAUUUUCAGGUGUUCUUACGCGAAAACGUUUCCAGUUUUUCUAGAGCAGUUUUUUGCGAUGCCUUCAAAUAGCUUUCUAACAGCCGCGAAAAUCUUCCACAAAAAAAUUUUACAUUCAAAAAUUUGUAGAUAUUCACAUAUUUCAUGAUGUUACAGUAUUUAAUCAUGUAAAAUUUGCUAAAAUUUCGACUCCUCAUAGUACAAAACAUUUGUAUCCACGUUUGAAUGACGUUACUUCGGUUUACUGGGUUCUGGCGGGGCUCUCCGAUUAAAACAAAAAAGUGCAACUUUUUGGUGUUUUGGGCAAAAUUGAGCGAAAUCUUCUGAGGAAUAGUCUUUCUAUAUGGCCUGUGUUGUUUCUAAACAAAAAAAUCGCUAACAAAAAAUUUUCAUUUCUUCGGCAGAUUUGGGCCCACAAAAAUCAUGAUUUUCAAAAAUUUCGUAAAAUCCAAAAUUUAGCCUUUUUAGGGGAAAAUGUUAAUUAUUAUUUAUUUUUAACACAGUUCCAAUACAUUACAACUGUUUUGGGACAAUUUCCAGCGCGUUUGAGCAUUUUUGCUUCCACCCGGACUCGAACCCGGGACCUUUUGAAUGGUAGUCCGACCCACUACCGGUUGCGCCACGACAUUUUUGUACACCUAUCUGGAGAUGCGCAUAUAGCCUAUCCGAUGCAGAAUUUGAUGCUGAUUCCAAAAAUGAAAAAAAUUCCGAGAAAAUUAUUGAAAAAAAUCGAGAAAAUCGAGAUUUUUUGAUUGAGCAUUGGCGUUACGGUAUGUUACAGUAACCUGACAAACUUCGGGCCAAUUACAAAGUUGUUCAGCAUGGCCAAUAACGUAUAUAUACUCAGUUCUGAGAUAUUUUGGCAAUAAAUCAGUAAAAUAUAUCACAUUAUGCGAAAUUCAAUAAAUACGUCAUAUCUCGGUCAUGAUGACGAAUUUUUCGAAAAAAAUUCACCAAGUUCUUUAGCAUCCUACAUGUCAUCAGUUAAGACAAAAAAAAGUGGGGGUCAAUUUCUAGGGCAGACCCCCCUUUGAGCCUGCUUCAGCAACUCGCGAAGUGCGUUUUAACUGAAUUGAUUACUUGAUUGGCCUUUACUGAAGUUGUACGUCGACGUAUGUCAAGACUAAGCUACAAGUCGAGGUCUAAUGAGGCCCUUAACUUGCCCGCUACUCCUAGUAUCAACUACCCAUAAUAACCUGGAGACCACAAUGUAACCACCCUUUUCUGUGGGGGUAUGAUGGAUUGACCCUCGUCCUAAUAAUGGCACCGUCUUCCACGACCCGGCUCUCCGCAUCCCCUACAGCUUAUAGAACAACCCCAAAUAUGUCAUGGUGUCUUUAUUAUCUUUUCGAAAGGAAACGACCAUGCUUGCUCCCACUCCAAACUCUGUCUCCGAAUACGGAUCGCGAGCCCUUUUAUACCGAGGUUCGAUUGCGCAAUCAACAGCGCCGACCUCGCAGAAACAAGGAGGCGCAUUGCAACAACUACAGAAUUCUAGCUGAAAAACGAAACUCGCGAUAAUUCGAUUCCAAUGAGCUUGGACCACCACCGGACUGUAUCAAAGGGACUUCCAACAAAUCACAAAAUGGUUUUAUUUUUACCCAAACGAGUGACCGAAAAGCGAUCGGUCCAUUACAUUUAUAUCAAAAUAUUUGUCGGUAUAUGCUAACUCCUGGGAAUUCUUCACGGAAUCGUGACACGUCGUUUUUGACGUUCGUUUGAAUCUGCUAAACGAUGGGGGUUUCAGCUCUGUUUCUCUGAAGACCGCUUCUGCGUUUUGUCAUACGGCGCUGCCGGCGCCGCCUUGUGCAUCCAACGCUACAAGCGGUUAGCUGUUUCUCAUACGUUGCAGUCGUGUGCGGUACGAAAUGGUGUUCCGACCAAUUACGUGUCUUGUACCAUCAAUUUCGACAUGCCAAUCACUUCCUUCCUUCAAGAGUUUUCCCAGAAAAGCACGAGCCUUCGGUAUGUAGAUUACGUCUGCUGUUAUGACGGCGUGGUCCACUUACGGCCAGUCCUGGCCUCUUGAUCUCACUCCUCCUUUGACGAUCAUCGUGACUCUCAACCUUGUGCCUGGGGGUACAAAUACGGCAUGAUCCUCCCUGUCUGUCAUCAUCAAGUACUUUGGCGAGCUUCGAUCGUAUCCUUCACCUCUCACGAUAACAAGGUUGUGUUCGUGGAGUAUUACCGUGUAUGUUCUGUCGGUUUCUGGCGUCCGACCUCCUGUUCGCAAGUACGAUACAAGAGGAAGUCGCUCCCGGUGUCUCUUCACAGCACUGAGGGCUGGCCCACGGCUCUGGGUCAUCCGAGCGUAGUGGAGCACUGUUCCUACUGCUGGUAACCCUCGACGGGCUACCACGGGUUCCACAUCUGCAUUCCUUAACUGGACCGCUGCAACCUGCGGUCCAAGGAGCAUUCGCUCCAGUUCCUCUGGAGCGAGGCACUCUUGAAGCUCCAUCAAUUGCUCAUCGAUUCCAUUGCCAUCGAUUUCCAUCAUGGAUGACUAAAACAUAAAUCAUAAAUUUUGAAAAAAAAAACGAUUACAACGACGCUCUCCGAGUUUAGAGUCGGUACCGGAGUAGCCUCUUAGCUUUCGUUUAUAAUUACUGGGUUCAUUGCUUUCCUCCUUCUUCUCCUUUGGUAUUAUCUUAUCAUCAUCGAUGAUAGAAAGAUCAUAUCCCGCGACGCCGUGUUUAUGGGCUGCGUUGUCUGGGAACGCGUCGACGCGCACGUUUUUUGUAUUCCUAGGCCCAGCUGGGGCUGAUAAACCUUAAUCUGAUUUGUGGGAACCUCUAUAGGUUUCAACCUGGGGUCUUCCACCGACACGAUUAAUGCAUGUGGAAUUUUCAACUCAAUUAUUAUAAAAAUAUUAAACUUGACAUGUCAGAUUGGGCAAGGUAAAUUUGAUCAGUCAGAUUCGCGUCCCGACUUUUCGGGUCGACGGCAGUUCGGGUCAACACAAACUCGAUUGAUACCGUACGUAGGGCAGGUGGAUAGCCCAAAAAAGGUUGUAGGCAGUGCUUGCGAGCCCUGGCAAAGCCGUUGGAUGGUCGGCGGACGCUCGGCGAAGGUUCGUCGGAGACUCGGAGACGAAUGUCGACUUUUUGUAAUUUUAGCUAUUACUAACGCUAGUUUUCUUCACUCUGAGUCUUUGUAACAUAUAAAACACCAAAAUUUGCGGCAGAAAACGAAGAUCCGUAACUUUUAUCUAGAUAUCAUUGAUGUGAGUACAUGUAAAAUACCAAAAAGUAGGUGAUAAGCUAUCCUAGGAGCCGUUUCCCCAUGCAUAAAUUGACAAACAGAACGAUCCAUGGUAUCGUAAAUUUCCGGCUCCGAAGCCGUCACAAUCUCUGGUAAUAAUACAAAAAAACUUUUUUCAGGCCCUCUCCCCCGAAGGUGCUCAUGUGACAUACAAAUGUACCGGGGUUUACGACCCAAAAACCGAAUAUGGAAUCGACGUGUUCGACAAGGACAUUGGAGUGGAAUGGCCGAUUACGGACCCCGAAAAAAUCAUUGUCAGCGAAAGGGACUGUCAGCAUCCGGGGUUGCGGAGUCUUCGAGAUGCCCUCAAGGGAUGA